CCCUCUCUCGUUCACUAACUCACCCCUCACCACUCUCACCCCUCUAUUAAGUUUCAAGCGCCUCUUCCUCCUGAACUGAACAACACACACCAAACAGAGGACUGGACGGGAAGCAGACACGGGCUCUCCUGCACCGGCCUCCCUCGCCUCCCAUUUCAUCAUUAUCUCACUUCAUAUCUGAUUAAUUGUAGCUCUAUUCAUUUAUCUUUCUGUCUCAUGUCAGUGGUCAGCUCAUUUAUUACCACGCUUCAUUCUAAUUUCUCUCAACUCACUCAUUCAUCAGAGGACAGUUGACAGCUGUAUCACCUCUUUUUCACGUGAUCAAAUCUACAACCUAGGUUCCUUUCUUGCAUCCUCCCAUCUAUUAUUUGCUCCCCUCAUCUAGUCCUAAGUCCUUUUCCCCAUCCCCUGGUCCCCCUGGCCACUUAGGAUCAGCAUGUGGUCCAACUUCUUCGUGCAGCAGGAUGACGACGGUCGGAUCGGGGUGGCCGCGGCCGGACCGGGUGGGGGACUGGGUGGAAUGAAGGGUGGACGGGCAACGAGGCGAGUCCCCAAGAUGAGUGACAGCCAGGAGGGGAAGAUCAAGCUGGCCUUCUUCGUCGCCAUCAUCGGCGUGACCCUGACGGUUUUGGGCAUGGGGACAGAGUUUUGGGCGGUGCUGGCCCAACCAAAGCAUUUCGGCGGCAACCACACCUGCCAGAUGGCCCACUACGGCCUGUGGAAGGGCUGCAUCCGCACCCUGCUGGUGGCCGACAUCGACCCGGAGAGGAUGAGCUGCGGCCCUGCUGAACUACCUGGAGAAUCCAACUGCACCUACUUCAAAUUCUUCACCUCUGGGGAGAAUGCAGUCAUAUUCAAGAAGACGACUAACAAGAAUCUGAAUCUUGCAGCAGCCAUCUUGGCCCUGUUGAGUCUGACCAUGAUGGUCACGGGCUCCAUCUGUAUCGGAAUGUCUCUGAGCAAGGGAGUACCUUUCUUUCUCAAACCCGCCGCCUUCUGCUUCAUCCUGUCAGGUGUGCUGGUUCUCUUCUCUAUCCUGAUAUUCCACCAGUCAGUGCUGGCCUUGUUGUCCAGUGAUCACUCCAUACCUCUGCACCACGAGCUGUCCUGGUCCGUAGCCUGCGUGGGCUCAGCGGGAGCCGCUCUCAUUUUCGGAGGCAUCCUCUUCAUCAUCCUCUCUCUUCCUUUCAGCCCCUGGCAGAAAUGCUUGCCACACAAGAAUAGCGCCACCUAACACUUGAAUACCGAAAUGUACAUAUAGUAUCCUUUAAGUGUUAAUGUCCAUUUCCUGAGGGCUGCAACUUUCAGCUUGCUCUUGGCAUUUCAUUUGUCAGAGAAGUCAUAAGAGGUCUUAAUCAAACAUUUGACAAAAAGUCAUGAGCAACAAUGAGGAAUUCCCUUAGAGUUAAGAUGAGAAAAUGCGUUCUGUGUUUUUGUUUAGUAGAAAACAGUGGGAGGCACUGACUGUUAACUUGUUUGGCUCUAUGGUGUGCUUACGUCAACAAGAGUCUAAUAGAUAUUUCUGCUAGGAAGUAUAUAUCUUUCUAAAUGUUCAGACACUUAUAAUAUAACGCUUUGUAGUCUUUUACAUAUGAAAGCCCAUUUCUGCCUAGUAAUAAAAACAUGUUGAGUAAAAUGAUUAGGCCUGGAUUAUAUGGAUAAAAACUAUAUCAAAAUACAAAUUCUCAUGACAGCGGAUGUCAAUAAUUAUCACAAUUUAUGUCAAUUUAUAGUUUCUUUCAAGUUUAAAGAGAGAAUUUUGCUCCUGAGUGAAGGUGGUGGUUUAAAAAUAUUCUUUAAGAGCAGAGAAUGACAAACAUUUAAAUAAAUCUGAGGCAGAUCAAUUCUGUGUUGUAAGCAUUAUAUCGAUAUAUUGGACUUUUGAUGUGUUGCUAUCUAUGACAAUAACGUUGUUAUAAUCAUUGAUAUUGUUUCAUAGCUAAAAAAGCAUCCUCUGGUGUUUGUCUAUGCCCUUUACAAUGACACCCACUGCAGCAGCGCCUUUAGAUCAAUGCUCAGGAUGAAACACUUUGUCACAGUUGAAGAAUAAAUCUAUUUCAUUGUUUGAUAAUUCUAUAGUUAAGGUUUGGUUCAUUUCCAGCACAGUGAUGUUGACCAUGGCACAGUUAAAGAAACAGAGCAAUUAAUGAUAAACUCACUUUUCAUGGUUCUGGGACCUUCAUCUUUGGAGCUGCAAUAAGCACUGUGAGGAGAAAUCGUAAUAGAUUAAAAGAUGUUGGCUGUUGCCUCGGAAAAAGGAAACAGGAAACAGGAAACAGGCAUAAGGGUGAAAAGUCAGAUAUUUGCUGGACCCAUCCAUCCAUCACAACCUCUAACCUUUGUUGCUCUGUGAGACAAACCCGUCAUAAUUAUUGGCUGCUAUAGAUUGUAUUCAAAUAUCUUUCCAUUUUUGUCUCUUGGCAGAAAUGGUCUUCCAUUGUUAAAGACUCCUCUGCACCAUCAGGACGUUUCUGAUGAUCUUACCAAUCUCGUCAUAUCCUCUACAUGUUGACUUAUCGAUAGAAUCAAUGAGUGUCUUUGAUAUUCUACACAGGUUUUUUUUUUUAAAGACUUAAUACUUGAUAACCAGGAGGCUUUGGUUUUCAUUAUUUAUUACUCUUGUGUGUUUUAUCAGUAUCAUGUGAAUGCUACUUUAUUAUAUGAACUUAAGAUGAAUGAUAUCAACUGUGAGAAGAGAUGAAAAUACCAUUUUGUAUACCAGAGAAUCAUAUGGACUCACUUAAUAAGCUCAACUCUGUACAUAAUAAUGAUAAUGGAUGUUUAUUUUGUGAAUGGUCACUGUUUGUUAAGUGUCCGUCUAUUUGCAAUAUGCAGUACAUUUAUUUUAUUUGUGUCAUCGGAUGCUCACUUUUUUUCUCCACCAACAAAUAUUAUUUUAUGGAUUAUGCACCGCGCUCAUUUCUAUUCAUGUUUAUCUACAGUAUGUGGCACUACUUCUGCUUUUCAUUAAAGGGAUUUG